CUGAUUAUGCCGUCAAACCAAAUUCAGGGCUUCUGUAAGCAAAAUUUGCGUUAGAGAAGCCAUAGACGAACUGCAGCUGCUCGGCUUCUUAGCUUUUGAAGAAAGCCGCCGCGAAACCAUCCACAAACACACACACACAUGGCGGAGGAAGCAAUUCUCGGUUACCUCGAGAAGAACCCCGAAAUCUCCGAUUCAGGCCGAUUCGCCGACGAGUUUGGACUCGAUCACAAUGAGGUCGUCAACGUUAUCAAGAGUCUCAAUGGCUUCCGAUACGUCGAUGCUGAAGAUAUUAAGAUGGAGAAAUGGGUUCUAACUAACGAAGGCGAGACAUAUACUGCCACAGGAUCACCUGAGAUGCAGCUAUUUCUGGCAAUUCCACCUGAGGGAAUUCCAAGGGAAGAACUACAGAAAAAGCUGGGUCCAUCCAUUUUCAAAAUCGGCUGUGCUCAAGCAGCAAAAAACAAAUGGGUUGAAAUGGGGAAGCAAAUGAUAUCUCGUAAGGUUCAUCAUGUUGAAGAUAAGGUGAAAAACUUACUUCUACAGAUAAAAGAUGGAAAGGAAAUUUACGAUGAAGACGUGAAGGCUCUCAAAGCGAGAAAGUUGAUUGUAUCACAAACAUGGAAAGGCUAUUUAGUGAGGAGAGGUUCAAAUUAUGCUCCAAGAAGAAAAAAGGUUGCUACAGAUUUGACACGAGAAAAUCUUCAAAGGGGAGACUGGAGGGAACUAGAAUUCAAAGAGUAUAACUUUAAUGCCAAAGGUCAGCCCCUUUUAUGUGGUCAUCUGCAUCCAUUGCUCAAGGUUCGACAGCAAAUAAAAAAUAUUUUCCGUCAAAUGGGGUUUGAAGAGAUGCCUACCAAUAACUAUGUUGAGAGCAGCUUCUGGAACUUUGAUGCAUUAUUCCAACCACAACAACACCCUGCCCGAGAUGCACAUGAUACUUUCUUCUUGAAAGCUCCUUCCACCACAAGGGAACUUCCGGAAGAUUAUGUGGAGCGGGUAAAGCAGGUCCAUGAGACUGGUGGUUAUGGUUCCAAAGGAUAUGGAUAUAAUUGGAAAAGAGAGGAAGCGAAUAAGAACCUAUUGCGAACUCAUACAACUGCAGUGACCUCCAGGAUGUUAUAUAUGCUUGCACAGAAACCAUUUGCUCCCAAAAAGUAUUUCUCAAUAGACCGUGUUUUUCGAAAUGAAGCGGUAGAUCGAACCCAUCUUGCUGAAUUUCACCAGAUAGAAGGGUUGAUAUGUGGUCAAGGACUUACUCUUGGAGACUUGAUUGGAGUGUUGUAUGACUUCUUCUCUCGUCUAGGCAUGUCCAAACUACGCUUCAAGCCCGCGUAUAACCCGUAUACGGAACCCAGCAUGGAAAUUUUCAGUUAUCAUGAAGGCUUUAAGAAAUGGGUGGAAGUUGGAAAUUCAGGAAUGUUCAGACCCGAAAUGCUGCUUCCUAUGGGAUUUCCAGAGGAUGCCCGUAUCAUUGCAUGGGGUCUUUCACUUGAGAGACCAACCAUGAUUAUGUAUGGUGUCGACAACAUUCGGGAUCUUUUCGGCCACAAGGUGGAUCUUAGUCUAGUGAAGAAAAAUCCAAUCUGCCGCCUCGGAAUUGAAGCCCGGAGUGAAUAGAACUAAAGAAACACCAAUUUGAUCUUUCAUUUUGGUUUUGUUUUGAUCAGCCUAAGGAAAACUUGAUCGAUCAAAUUCUCCUGCCCUAAAGUUGUGCUCUGAAUGGGUAAGUACUCGAUUCAUUUACUUCUUAGGUACACGAAUUGCAUCCCGUCCACACUCUGUAACACACACUAUCAUUUAAUGAAUUGUUGAACAAAUAGUAAUUUAAUUGAUAAAAACAAAUGCAACCUGAAUUUCUUGUUUA